GGAUGACUUGCCCACAUUCAAGGGGCAACAUCCGCUCAUCCUAUUACAAUCUUCAAAUGCCCAGUCAUGUCUUCCUGUGCUCCGUAAUGUGCUGAUUCGUGAUGAUUCAACUCAGACGAUACUGUUCUGCCUGCUGUAUCCUCCUUCAAGUCUAAUGCAGGGUGGACAAGCAAGCCCAGACCAUAUACGAGUCCACGACUACACCAGCUUUGUUCCAGGGUUCAGUUCGCCUAAGGCCGACUUGGAAAACAGCUUCCUCGCUAUUGUCAAUGAUGCUAAUGCAGACAGUCUGAAUGUCGUCAUUGACUCGGUCGAUACGCUCGUUUCCGACUUGGAGUCUGAUAGCAAGGCCUACAAACUAUUGUGCCUUCUUUUCAAAGUCAUAACGUCACGGUCCCAGGGAGGCGUAUUGAUCCUACAUUCCUUGCCCUGCACUAUCCUGGACAUGGUAACCCAGGCGACCUUCUCGUCUUCGCUGGCGCAUGUGAUUGCACAUCCUCCCGAGCUUCUCUCGCACCUUUCAUCAAUUUACAUGACGAAAUACGAUCCGUCGAGUCCCAACGAGAAGUUCUGGAGUCUCUUCAUCCCAUUCUCUCGGCGCACGUAUGAAGCAGACAAGCUUGUAUAUAGCGCGGACGGCUCGGGUUCAAACGGUGGUGCUUGGUGCGAGCACUGGGUUAGAGGGAAUAAAGUUCUGCACCGAGAGUUCGUCCUCGAAUUGGUCAUCAGGACAGAAGGUCGCCGACGGACUAUCGAAAGGUCGUUGGAGGGUUGGAAAAAUGACCAUCCCACUAACAUCACUAACCUGGAAAGCUUGAAGGAUUUAUGGGCAUACAAGCAGCUACAAGAGCGACCAAGCAAUGACGAUGCAGCUCAACAUCUCACUACCUUCAACUUGAAUCUUACACCAUCCCAAGAAAAGUCUCGAGCAGAAGUUCCCUUACCAUACGCUCAUCCAAGUCAAGGCAAGUCUGAUUCUGCCACGGGACCAUCUACGUCCACCAUCCUUUACGACCCGGAUUCAGCGGAUGACAUCGAUGACGAUGAUCCGGAUGAAGAUCUAGAUAUCUAGUUAGGUUGACAAAAUAUACGUAUUGGCGUUGCAAUUGUCUCUGCACGACUAAAGCAUGUAAAGAUAUUGUGCAUAGCGCUUGCAAUAUA